AUGCAGGCUGAGAUCCGCGAGCAGCUACCAAACGUUGACCCGGUCGUCGUGGAUUAUGUCGACGGUUAUCUGAACCACGCUGCCCGGCAGUUCAGCACCGACGAAGAUCCCCUGGCUGAGGCGGCGGCCGUCAUCUCUCAGUUGCUGCUGUCGGCGUCGGGAGAUCUGACCAGCGAAAAUGAGGUGUCAGUUCAGAACCUCGUGGAGAAGUUCGUGGAGCGUCUCACCAACGAGAAUGGGCUUGACAGCGAGCGACGCCAGCAAGCCCCCUCGGCGAAGAAACUUGACCAAACAAUUCAGGUUGGCGCCCAAAGAAACGUCUCGUCCACUCUGGGUCUCACAGCGGCCGUCGAUCUCGAGUCUGCAAAUGCCAGAAAGGUAGAAUCACGUGUCGACAAGAAGAAGCUCGAGAAGGCCGAACGAAAACUGCGGGCCAAGCAAGACAAGAAGGAGUUCAAGACUGUCGAGUAUGAAGCUUCCCGCCUGCUCGACCAGCCGGACGACCAGCUGUCAUAUGAAGAAUUCUUCAUGGCUGUCAACCCUCUCCAGUUGGGCUCCGAUUCUCAAUCGAAGAGCAAAGACAUCAAAGUGGACGGCAUCGACAUUUCCAUCGGCGGCAAACGCAUUCUGUCAGAUACCAAUCUGACGCUUGCCUAUGGCCGCAGAUAUGGUCUCGUAGGUCAGAACGGUAUUGGUAAAUCUACGCUGCUCAGAUCUCUCAGUAAGCGUGAAGUCGCAAUUCCUACUCACAUUUCCAUUCUGCACGUUGAGCAAGAAGUCACGGGAGAUGAUACGCCAGCAUUGCAGGCUGUGCUUGACGCUGAUGUAUGGCGAACACAUCUGUUGAGGGAACAAGAGAAGAUCACCAAGGAGCUAGCAGAGAUUGAAGCACAACGCUCUUCCCUGGCAGACACAUCAGGCGAUGCGGCCAAGCUCGACCAACAACGUGAAGGCCUCGACAUUACCCUCAGCGACGUCCAAUCUAAGCUGGCAGAAAUGGAAUCUGACAAGGCAGAGUCGCGAGCAGCAAGCAUCCUGGCAGGUCUCGGUUUCUCGCACGAGAGACAGCAAUACGCCACGAGGACAUUUUCUGGUGGUUGGCGAAUGCGAAUUGCCAUUGCAAGAGCACUGUUCUGCGAGCCGGAUCUUCUACUUCUUGACGAACCGUCGAACAACUUGGACGUUCCUUCCAUCACCUUCUUGUCAAACUACCUCCAAACAUACCCAAGCACUGUUUUGGUCGUAUCCCACGACAGAGCAUUCUUGAACGAAGUGGCCACCGACAUCAUCCAUCAGCAUUCAGAGCGUCUCGACUAUUACAAGGGCUCCAACUUCGAUCUCUUCUAUGCCACCAAGGAGGAGCGACGGAAGACGGCCAAGCGUGAGUACGAGAACCAAAUGGCGCAGCGUGCACACUUGCAAGCCUUCAUCGACAAGUUCCGGUACAACGCAGCCAAAUCAUCAGAAGCGCAAUCACGGAUCAAGAAGCUCGAGAAGAUGCCAAUCCUGGAAGCACCGGAGAGCGAGUACCUGGUCCACUUCAAGUUCCCAGAAGUGGAAAAGUUGUCACCACCAAUCAUCCAAAUGACGGGGGUGUCUUUCGGCUACAGCAAGGACCAGCCUCUGCUGAAGAAUGUCGAUCUGGACGUGCAACUGGAUUCCCGCAUUGGCAUCAUUGGACCGAACGGUGCUGGUAAGACGACCACACUCAAGCUGCUCAUUGGGGCACUUGAGCCAACGUCUGGGCUCAUCUCGCAGAACCCUCGACUUCGUAUUGGAUUCUUUGCACAGCAUCACGUCGAUGCGCUUGACAUGAACAUGAGCGCUGUGACCUUCAUGGCGGCCAAUUACCCAGGAAGGUCGGAUGAAGAGUAUCGCCGGCAUCUGGGAGCUUUCGGUAUAACCGGCAUGACUGGUCUGCAGAAGAUGGGCCUGCUUUCAGGAGGUCAGAAGUCUCGCGUCGCCUUUGCUUGUCUCGGAUUGACCAACCCUCACAUCCUGGUCAUGGACGAAGCUUCAAAUCAUCUCGAUAUCGAAGCUAUGGAUGCACUGAACCUGGCACUUAACCAAUUCCAAGGAGGUGUCGUCUUGGUCAGUCACGACGUCCACAUGCUGCAACAAGUCUGCAAGAGUCUGUGGGUAUGUGACAACGGCACUGUGGAGAAGUUCGACGGCACUGUCCAAGACUACAAGAAGAGGAUCACCGCCCAAGCGUCAGAGUCGGGCGUGGCCAUCCAGCAUUAG